GUCUUUAAUGGUGUCCCGUCAGUGGUUCUGUAUUUCAUUUUCGUGAUACGGCUGAUGCGGAUGUGGCGGCAAGAAGUACCCGCCCUUCCGUUUCCGUACGACGUGCGCACGCGUCGACCGCGCGCCGCGACGCCAUGUUGACAGUGUCUUCCGAUUGACGAAGUGUGAGAGAUAGAAAGGGUAGACAAACAGGAAUUUAACAAUCGGCCGCUGAUAAUCUGGUGCAGAUUCUCACAAACGUGAGAGCUGGUCGUACUGUCGUAACUUUCACACAAGCUGCCCUGUUAAGCCGAGCCGAGAGAGUCGACGCGAUGUCUGACUCUACGGGUGAUCAUGUAGAUGCGUUGGACGAGGAGCCGGACGUGGAGUCCAGUUAUAAGCCUCCACCGGAAAAAUCCAUCGAGCAAAUCUUGGAAACGGACAAAGAAGAUGAGAGUUUACGGAAGUAUAAGGAGACGCUUCUAGGAGAAGCAAAGUCUGGCGGUAUCGUAAUAGAUCCUACUGAUCCUAGAAAGGUAAUAGUGAAGAAAUUGGCGCUGUGCGUCGCUGACCGACCGGAUAUGGAACUAGACUUGACCGGUGAUUUAUCGCAGCUGAAGAAACAGACGUUUAUCAUCAAGGAGGGCGUGAGCUAUAGAAUCAGGAUCGAUUUUAUUGUGCAACGCGAGAUCGUGCAUGGAUUAAAAUAUGUUCAAAAGACUUAUCGCCUUGGUGUACCUGGAAUUACGGUUGACAAAAUGACACAUAUGGUAGGGUCGUAUCCUCCUAAAACAGAGCUUCAGUCUUACACUACUCCAGCUGAGGAUGCACCAGCCGGUGUCGUAGCGCGAGGUUCAUAUAGCGUUAGUUCCCUUUUCACAGACGAUGAUAAACAUGAACAUCUCAAGUGGGAAUGGGCCUUUGAAAUCAAGAAGGAUUGGAAAGAAUAAAUCGUCUUCUACUCCACUUGAAACAAAACCGAAGGACGAUUUAAUUUACAAUUCCUAAUCUUUCUACUUUACGAGUAAUAAUU